CUCACUUUCUUUACCAGGAGACCAACUGUUUCUGUUGCUGCUGGUAUCGAUGAAGUUAUCUCCUCUGCUGCUUUCUGAUGACAUCAGAUCUCUGCCAUGUUGGUAUCCCAUGCGAAUGGCAGCAUUUCGUUCCCUUUGCCGGGUGACCAAAGCAACGGCUAUAAAAAGAAGCAAGAGGCAACUAAACUCCAGUGAAACAGACUGUGGUAGAAGAGCAUCAUUCUUGUCUGCAGAAGACUAGAGCCCAGAAGAAGAUGGCCCAGCACCUCCUGUGGAUUUCGCUCCUUUUUCUGCAAACCUGGCUGAAAGCAGCUGGAAAUGAUGCAGCCUUGAUUGUGGUGAAUGGAAUUCUGGGGGAGUCGGCUACUUUUCCCUUAAAUAUUCAAGAAUCAGAGCAACUCUCCAGCAUUGCGUGGACUUCUAAAACAUCUGUUGCUUUUAUGACACCAGGAGACCCAGGAACAGCACCCACAGUUGUCACGACCCACAGAAAUUAUUAUGAACGAAUAGAAGUCACAGAUCAGAACUACAACCUGAUCAUUAAUGAUCUGAGGAUGGAAGAUGCAGGAGUCUACCUAGCAGACAUCAACACAAAGAACUUUCCCUACACCACCACCAAACGCUACCACCUUCAGGUCUACCGUCGGCUUGAAAAACCAAAAAUUACACAGAGUUUCAUGGCAUCUGUGAAUAGCACCUGUAAUGUCACACUGACAUGUUCUGUGGAGAAAGAAGAAAAGAAUGUGACAUACAGCUGGAGCCCUCUGGGAGAAGAGGGCAGUGUCCUUCAAAUCUUCCAGACCCCUCAGGACCGAGAGCUGACGUACACGUGCACCGCCUGGAACCCCGUCAGCAACAGUUCUGACUCCAUCUCUGCCCAGCAGCUCUGUGCAGACGCUGCAACCGGCUCCCGUCCUCGCCACUCCGGGAUGCUGAGCGGGCUGGCUGUGCUCUUUCUGCUGGUUCUCAUCCUGCCUUCAGUGUUUCUCCUCCGUCUGUGCAAGAGAAGGCAAGGUGCUGUCUCAAAGAAAACAAUAUACACGAGCAUCACCAUUUCAAGAGACGCUCAACCAGCAGAGGCCAGAAUCUAUGAUGAAAUCCCUCAGUCCAAGGGUACUCCCUUCAGAGAAGAGCCGGUGAACACAAUUUAUUCCACCGUGCAGUACUGUGAGAAGGUGGAGAAAACCGGCACACAGGACAAUAGACCUCCCGAGACUUCAGCCUAUGAAAUUGUGAUCUAGCUGGCAGAUGGCAUUCUCCCUGGGAAAGUGAGUUGCAGUCACCCAUUGUGGCAAGUGCCCUGGAUCUAGACCUUCUCUGUACAGCUCUUACUGGGAGACUGCAAAUCACCACAUCCCAACAUGUAAGCCAAGCAGGAAACCUUCUGUUGCUGAGCAUGGCUGGUACCAACAGACAAAUGGUUACUUGACCUUUCUGACUGGCUCCCAUUUGGAUGAAUGACAGAGCAGUUUCCCAAUCUCCCUCACAUCAUGGCAUGUGCAGAAAAUAAUGUUUUCUUAUGGCACUCUGUGGUUAAACAGUCAAAGUUGCUCCUGCACGUGGCUGGAAGAUUCUCUUGACUAGAGGUAAUAGACCUGUCCAUCAGCUGUGAGAAGAAGGGAAUCAAUAUUUUGCACACCUGUAACAUGCCAUACACACCAGCAAGAAUGCUCUGCUCACACUCUGCAUAUGCAAGGAACACUGGUACACGGCCCUCACCAGUUCCUAAAUCAUCUUGAGCAAAUUAGGAAAGGAUACUCUUUCCUUGGGACAGAGGGAGCCCCUCACUCAAGUGCAUGGCAUGGUACCAGCCCCCACUCGCUCCUUUGCUUGGGGACCUACGUGCAGGGCACAAGCUGUCAGAGUUUUGGCUGUUAGUCAUGAAGACACGGUCUCCAAAUGGAGUGUUAGAAAUACUCCUUCGGUAGAAACUAGAAUGUUGGAGCACUAUUCUUUGGGCUCUAUUUCAAAAGUCUUACGGGACUUUCUUUCUGGCCAAGUUUUCCUUCGGUGUCCCUCUGAGCAGUGUCAGCAGGAAGGUGACACACCCAGUACCUCUGCUCUCCAACAGAAAUUAAUCAGCUAUGUUUUUUGCUUUUGGUGGAAAUGGGUGUAAACCAGCCAUUCCAACAAGAAACCUUGAAGGAAGCAUAGUCGUUCACCAGAGGAAACUUGGGAGUAAUGGUGCAGGUUAUGAAACUGGAUUUCACCCAGUUCCUUAUUCUCAGCUCAGAGGGGCAGGAGGUUCAAGUUGAGGUUGAGAGCCUUGCUCCAGAAUCCCCACAAACAGAUGGCCAGCUGGCUAGCCAUAAGGAGGAAUCACCCCCAGCUCAGCUGGACAGUCAUGUGAUCAUAACCUAACUGUCUAAAUCUCCCACAGCAAAAAAAAUGAGCUGCAUUUAGGUAGAAUGAGGUUUUCCAUCCCAGUGAAUGAAUCCAUGGAACUUUCUAGCACCGGCUACCAUUCUUAGGAUGGAGAGGCCCAAAGAUGAGCAUGAUGUCUUGCCUUUGGCCCAGCUGAAGAGAGAAAUUCAACACAGACACUACAGUCAAGUCCUAAACUGCAGCUGCAAGCAGUGACAUGAACUAUAACAGUCAGAAGAGCUAGAGGAGGAGGCGAGGCUGAAGCUGGGCCACAGAGAGAGGCAGAGGGAAGGUGGGAACCAGGCAGGUAACUGUGUCUGUGGGGUGUAGUUGGGGCUUCACAUAGUCUCACAGUCCCUUGCCUAUUCAAAAAUGGAGUGCCUCAACCAGAAUGCAUGCCGCUACCCCUGUCCACGUACAUAUCCUCCAAUGCCCACCUCAAAUGGCACCUGUUCUAUGAAGUGUCUCCCGGUAUCAUCAGCUAAAACUAAUCACGGCUCAUUUUAUUCUGACUCAUAGCAUACAUAAUUAUUUGGUCUCCUCACUACAGGAUACACUACUUAAGGAUAAGACCCAUGUCUUUUAUUCAUUGCUUUAUUUUUCUCUGUAUCCACCACCACCCAACAUAAUGACUUAUACCCUGUGUGCAAGCUGUAAAUGCUGUUGGAGAGAACUGAAGUGACCAGCCUGCCAGAACAGAAAAGGUACAUGUUGGAAGUAGGGAUAGAUCAAUGCCAAUAAGCAUAGUGUGUCAGGAGCCGCUCUGGACAGGAGCUAUGUAUGUGGCCAACCAGCCAGGGGCUGUGUGUGUGAGCUGUGAGCAUCCUGAGCGCACAAAGCGGACUAGACUGAGAUGCUGCUCUGUGUGGGCUGUGCACGUUUGUGUCCCUUUCGCUUGCUCUGCCUUUGAUCCCCACCCAGCACUUGAGAUGGGCGUGGCCUUCCAAGAUGUCAAUCAACCUGCUGACAGCAAGACAUUAGGAGCUAGACUCAACCCCCUGAAACCUGACCCCUUGCCUCAUUUGAAUGGCUUUUCCCCAAUAAAACUGGGUUUGAGUCGCACUCUUUCCCUUUCUUGCCUGCCUUGCCUCUGUUGUGGGAGCUGAGUGGCCGCCACAUAACCCAAAGGAAAAAAGUAUUUCCCUGUCUGUGCGUCAUUAUUUCGUGUCAGCCCAAUUCUCCUGGAGUGACCCUGACAGGUUUAGUCCUGUGUCGUGACAAUAGUGGAACUAAAUUAUGGCAAGCAUUAAACAUUAGGAUGCAGUUAUAAGCUAUUGCCUUUGUGUAAGGGCAUUGGAGGAAAACUUUCGGAGUUAGACAGCUAAGAGGUCAGCUGAAACACUGAAGGAGACAGUGCUCUGGGGAAGGGCAUGAAGGAAAAAAAUUAGGUAACUUGGUUAUAAAGGAGGAAGAAGCUGAUGAGCAAAGGUGAGUUUCCCCUCGCUCUAUAGGGAGAUUGAGGGAUCAUUUCUGAACACCCUUAUUUUGGAAUCUGCUUCUUCUGCUUCCAGUGUGCUUAUUAAGUCAAAUUCCUAGUGUCUUGGUGUGAGGAAAGAAAGAAAGGGAGGGAGGGAAGGAGGGAGGGAUAAAGAGUAAUUGCAAGCAAGAGUUAGUUAGAUAUUCCAAAAAAAGCAAACCUGGGAUGGAUCCAGUGCACAGGAAUUUUUAAGGUAGCCUUUGAGCUCAUAACCAUUCUUUCCUAUGAAUAUUAUGAUUUAUGAAAAUGUAACUCCCUCCACAGAACUCAGUCCUCAAAUUAUGCUGUAAAAUGAGUGUGAUUUUUUUCCCAGAUAGGGUCUCACUCAAUUGCCUUAGGCUGAUUUUGAACUUGUGAUCCUCAUGUCUCAGCCUCCUAAAUGAAAUAAAUGUGAUCUUAUUUCCCCUUCGUGGAUUUCCAGAAGAGCUACAAUGUGACCAACAUGUCUAUAAAAUUACAAUAUCGUUUCAAGGGAACAGGGAUUUACUAGCAGACCGAAAUGUGCCAGUUUUUUGAAAAUACCAUCAAAAUUGAAAUCUUGGGGCAGCGCUCUCUAGUGGAAAGUACUGGUAAAGCAGGACGGUCCCUCUGCCUGCAAACACUGACUGGGCUUCUGAUGUUACAUCUCACGCUUCCCAGAAGAAAAUGAAGCUGGUUUAAAAUAUUAUUUUUUAAAAGAAGUCAACAGAACACUCUAAACUACACUAUCCAAAAGAGAAGAGCUUCAGUAGGCCACCUUGGAAAUUGUGUAAGUAGGAAGGAGCCCAACUGGGUUGGGCUGUGUCAAGAGAAAGCAGGUCUUAGGUUCCACCUUAAGAGAAGAAAUUGCUGGAUUGUAUUUUCUUUCAGAUCAAUUCCUUUUCUUCUAUUUGACUUUCCCCUGAAUUUCCCCUGAUUUGUAUAAUUUUCUCAAGAAAACUAGUGACUGUAUCCAGUGUGUAAAAUAAAGUUUGGAAAACAAA